UUAGAAUCGUACUAUCGUGUUCCUUUAAUGAUACACAGUUUUGAUAGAAAUUUACCACUGAUUUGUAAAAAGUGUACUUGUGAAUAAGAAAAGCGAAUAACAUAUUGGAAGUAAUAGAAAGUGAGGAACGAACGAAUUCGAAAUAAUAAAAUAAUAUUCGCGAUGAAUAGCGAAAAGUGGCAUUCAGAGAACGAAAAUUGUAACAAUGGUGGUCAAAUACGACAAUUUUAUGCUGGCAAAAAAAUUCUACUCACUGGGUGCAGUGGUUUCUUUGGAACAGGCAUCGUAGAAAAACUUUUACGCACUUGCUUGGAAAUUGACAAGAUUUACCUGAUGAUCAGGACUAAGAAAAAUAUGACAAUUGAGGAGCGAAUGGAAAAGUACUUUCAAUGUCCUAUUUUCGAUACACUGCAUAAGAAGAACCCCAAUUUUAUGGUGAAGGUGCAACCAAUUUACGGUGAUUUGCAGAAAGCUAACUUGGGCUUUUCAUCGGAAGACUGUAAACUUCUAACGGAAAAUGUCGACAUAGUCAUUCAUAAUGCAGCAGAUGUUUCUUUUACUACAAGAAUAUCUUCCAUCUUAAAAACAAACGUGUUAGGCACCAAGUACAUGCUUGAUUUAGCAGCAAAAUGCUCUCGCUUGAAAGCAUUCGUGUACGUUUCGACUGCGUACUCUCAUUGUUACAAUAAACGAAUCGGAGAAAAAUUUUACUCUCCUCCUUGUGAUUUAAAUAUGGUCGAGGAUGUGAUACGAAGCGACGAAUCAACUUUAGAUGGACUCAGUGAGGUGACGUUGCGCGAUAUAUUAGGAGAAUGGCCUAACGCGUACACCUUCAGUAAAUCCAUCGCCGAAAGUCUCGUUGAGAACUUUUCACGAAAGACAUCAAUUCCUUGUUCCGUCUUUAGACCUUCGAUCGUUAUAUCACCGUAUGAUGAGCCAGUUUCUGGAUGGGUAGCGAAUGUAAAUGGACCUGCAGCACCGAUUAUUAUGAUUAACUUGGGAGUGGCACACGUUAUACCUAUAGGCAUGGCUAAUGCUUUGGAUAUAGUUCCACUUGAUCUGGCGGUUAACUGUCUCCUGGCAACAAUUUGGGAUUUAACUGUGCACAAAAUACAGUCUGGCUAGGAUUUGAAAUCAGUAUUGUAUUGUUAGCGCACGGUGAACAUGAGUACCUCCAAAUGCACACGCGAUUGUUUAUGCUUGAUGUGAAUGUUGUCACUUUCUCGAAGGACCAGAAUAAUGAACACUAUGUAUUGUAUACCUAACAAGAUUCUCAUUGUUCUUAUUUUUAAUUUAACAUUUAUUUUAAUCUUCGA